AUGGAUUCUAUGGCUCCUUUAGAAUUACUCCCUCCCGAAAUCCGGCGGUAUCUUCUCGCCAUGCUGGAGUUUGAGGGAUUAAAGAACCUCAUCCACGCCUCUCCUAUCUACCAUCGACAAUAUCUGUUGGACCGUAAUUGGUUCUUAUCGAAAUGUCUUGACAAAGCUUUGUGUGGCGCGACCAUCGAAGCCGGUCUCGUUUACCGAUCUGGCUCUGUCAGCUUUGCGGAUGCGCGAACUCGGGAUGUUGUUUACGAGGUGCUCAAGUCGUACCAAGAGCGCCGAAAACUACCAAAAAACUCGAUUCUCGAUGGAAAGCUCACUUUGGAUGACCUUGCCUGCAUUGCCGCUUUCCAUUACUCGGUUGUCGUUCCUAUGGUCAGCCGAUACACGAUCUGGGCUCUGGAAAACCUCUCCAAACAACCAGAGUCAUUGCUCACAUACCCUUUGGAUUCUCUUAGUGAUAGUGAAGAGAUAAGGAUUACCCGAGCUCUUUAUCGCUUUCAGAUGUGGUGCAACCUUUUUGGAAUUGGACCUCAUGGAAAGGUCUGGUCACCAAGGUCUGCUUUCAGCUCUAUCGAUAUCCUUAAGGCACUUGCAGGUUGCUUUGAACCUUGGGAGGUCGAAGAGAUUGUUUGUAUUUUUCGCUUUUCCGAGGCACACUUUCAACAAACUUUCGACCAAAUCAGCUGGGACGUGAACCAAGAGAAUCCCAAGUUUGACGGGCAAAGACCGCCCACUCCCGACGGCGCGUUUGAUCUUAUAUCAUUUGGGGAUUCAUUCCUGAUAGGAACAAUUUCACAGGGACUCGAGCUAUUAUACAAGGUCGCUUUCCGGGUCCAAGAUCAUUCUGAACUGGUCUCAAUCAUGCAGUCCAAGCUCACCCUCCACUCAUGGUUCCUUGGGGAAGGUGUCUUAGGCAGCGGGGCGCAGAUCGCGCGACGUGGCGAAGCACCUUCUGACCAAGACUUGAAAGAGCAGCAACGCGUCCCACUGCCCUUCCGGGGCGAUCAAUUUCAAGAGCCAUAUGGUGAAUAUCCUCCGUUUGCAUGGACAUUUAUGUGGAAAGAGACCUACAGCAACAUCACCGGACAUUGGUUGACAGAAACCAUGGGUGAAAAUGGGCCCCAGCAUUGGGGAUACGUUUUCUGGGAUGAGCGACGACUACGGAGCUCGGAUGCAAUCGACGUUUUGAUAGGACAAAUUGCGGCAGAUUGGGGGGAAGAGGAUCUGCGAGAUCAUGUUUACUAG